GCCGUACACCGACACGAAAGAAUUUGGCAAGUUCGGCUAGUUUUUGCGCUUGGAAGACAACCCUGCGCCCGCGCUCACGCCUCCACUCCGAGGACUGGAUGAUGUUUGACCGGCACCUUUAGGGUGUCUCGCCAACAGGGUGUCUAACGCAGCCAUAGUAAUGACCUUUUGGCGAUCUCCAUCGGCGACCUUAAUUACGAUGGUGCCAUCUUGCGUCCAACAAGCUCGCAUGCCGAAAUGCUGCCGUGCUUUGGCGAAGAUUGCUUGCCUGGGUUUCGUAAGGAAUUCUCUUAAUGCUACUGGUGACCCUCGCAGUUUUGAUUUUGCAUUCCAAACAGCAUUCCUAUCAGCAACAUUAGAGAACCACACAAGUAAUGGUCGGUGAUGCUCUUCCCCGCGGGCUCCAAUUAUGUAGCAGGAAUUUAUUGAGGGUGACAGAGCCAUCUUCUUGUGAAGGAUAUUGUUAAUCACAGCCACAUUGUCGAACUCUGCCUCCGCAGCCCCUUUGUGCUUGCACACUGGGGACUGUCUCCACAGCUCACCUUUGUGUUUGCGCAUAGGGGGCUGGGGUGCCGGUCCCAAGCCCGGAUAAAAGAGGAGGGCCCGCGUCCCUUUGGGGCACUCGGUCAUUACUUAUAAUGGCUGACUGACACAAUGGGACGCACCAUAUAUAGGUUUAUGUAAUGCAUCUCUUAUAAGGAAUAUAUAUAUUACCUAUUACGUAUAUGUGUAAACAGUCUAUGUAAGUUUAUUCUACACCCACACACAAACCCCCCCACCUGAACCGCGUCUCAUACGAGGAUAUGUUGGCGCGGGCCCGCUCAUCACAACAUUCCGUGAUGUCGGGUAAGGUAAACAUCCUCCCGCGUGUUUGUGCCGUGCGUGGAGACCCGUAAGGCAGGACGAAGGAAGCCUGGAGGUUGAGCUGAAGGACGGCCGGGUCAGACGUCGUCCGGAAGCAACACACCUCUUCGGUCUGGACUUCUGCUAAAACGGGAGGCCUGGGUCUAGCCACCCCAGGUCAAUCGGCUGCGGCAACCCGUCAGAGGGCUGCCAGGCGAGGUUCCUGAACAUGUGGAGGCGAGCGGUUCCGUCGCGAUGGUAGGUUAGCGACUUUGGGUGGUUCUUACCCUCCACCCGAAGGUAAUCGCGGCCGCGAUCUCGACGGGGGACUGCGCCGUCUGCUGCAUGGGAGGGGACCUAUAUCCUCGUAGUAAUCCUGGCGUCUGGGUACGCUCGGUGCUCAGCGCCCCCUUUUGCGGGCUCCAAGGAGGGUGGGAAGCUACGAGGAUGAACUCAAUCUAAAGAUCCCAUGGAUUGCAAAAGGGACAACGUAAAAAACAUGCCGGCAGCGACUCACGCGCCGGUGAGGGAUGUGACACCAACCAGUGAACAUCCCUCCAACAACCUCCAACAGCAACAGAACCGACAGCCUGCUGCGCUCCUGUGCGCGCAGGCGAACAAUGACCCGUUGGAUCUGUCCAACCUCAGAGCUGCCAUGCCGCCCUGCAACCGUCCUGCGGAAGCACUGUGGCAGGUGUUCGAGAGGAAGAGCAGAUCUAAGAAGGACACGCUGGCCAGGCAGACCACACAGGCGCCGAGUACCUCCAGAAGGGAAGACCUCGAGAAACUCUCGAGAGGCCAGCGCAGACGAAGAGCGCGCGCUGAGCGGCUGCGCCGGCUUGAGGAGGCGGUCGCGGGGAGGGCACAGCCAGUGGUCCCCCGACCAAUGGCCCCGGCGAGGUCAGCGAUGGCCAAAGCCGCCCCGGCGUCUGAGCCGAACCAAGGCGCGGGACCCAGUUCCGCUGCCAGCGCGGGAUUAAAUUUUGCUGCAGGUGACGCGAAAGGCGUGGGGGCUUCUUGCGGCCGCCCCGGAGAGCCUGGCGUAGCAAGAACAACCCCGCGUGGAAAACGCGGGGGCAGACCAAGAUGGGUGAGACUGGAGGAGGCCGCGCUGGAAUCUCGACCGGCGAACGGGGGUAAGAGGGCUAGGCCCGACGACUCCCUGACGCCGCGAGAGAAAGAUAAGCGCGCCAAAUUCAACCGAUCGUCCAUAGGACCAGGGGCGGUCAACUACGCCGACGCGCUGAGAUCUAACGACCUCUGCGUGGCCGUGCGGUAUGACCCCCAUCGCGCUAUCACAGAGGAGCAGUACCAGCUCAUCCAGGAGAAAAUCAUGGAGGAGUAUGACGCGACUGUCUUCUCUAGCGACCCCACGGUGCGGACACCAGCGUUCAGAGGAAGAACCUUCCUCAGCGACGGCGUCAUUAAGAUGUGGUGCGAGGAUGAGUUUGCCCUGGACUGGUUGCGUCGCACCGCAAGCAGGAUGUCUUCGCCGCUGCCCGGCACCAAGCUGGUAGUAUGCCGGCAGAAAGAUAUCCCCCAACGCAUCAGGGGGGCGAUCUACGUCCCCGACUUCACGGACGGCGACGUAGACCGCCUCCGCAUCCGUCUGCAUAAGACGAACGCCGACACCUACGAUAUCAACAGCUGGUGUCUAUAUAGCGCGCAGCGUACGCCCGGAUGCGACGGGAUCAGACUACUGCUGGGGAUACCCACGCAGGAGGCCGAGAUCCUGAAGCAAAAGGAGCGGCGCCUGCGCUACAAGCUGGGGUCAGUCUAUGUGAAGUUCAUAGACGACCGGGACACGGAUGACGCCAAGGGGGAGAAGGCGCCCGUCACCAACGCGACGAGCAACGAGCCCCUUAACCUCGCCUCCAGCGAGGCCACAGGAGCUCCAAAAAAAGCGGCCACCAGCGUCCUGCGACACCCGGGUCCAUCCGUGGAUCGGGAGAUGUCCGCAGACCCGCCAGCCCGACCCCGGGAAUCCACCCCGGAGGCCGUCGACUGGUGGAGACGCAUAGAAAACGAGGCGAGGGAGGAGAUGCUGCUGGGUAGCGAUGGACUCGACAGCUCCCCGACCAACCCCCGUUAAAGCCAUCCAGGCC